CGAGGCUGUGAGCCGGAUUGCUUUGUGCCACGUCUGAGUGGUACCGGACACUGUGGAAGCGGCGGCGCAGAUAAAAUGGCUCGUGUUUGGUUGCAAAGAGACGGUGUGGCGUGCAUCAUGUUGCUGGCGCUGAUUGUGUUAAACUCCGUGAUGUGCAUGGUCUCUGCUCAUUCACAUGAAGAUAUGCACCACGGGCACAGCCAUGGUCACCACGGGCACAGCCAUGGUCACCACGGGCACAGCCAUGAAGGUAUGCACCAUGGACAUAGCCAUGGCCACCACGGGCACAGCCAUGAAGGUAUGCACCAUGGACAUAGCCAUGACCACCAUGGGCACAGCCAUGAGGAACUUCAUCAUGGACACAGCCACGAGGGACUCGUUCAUGGUCGAGAUAAAUGGAAGGUUGAUGCAGCAGCGCAGAAAAUAGCCGGAGAGGAGAGCAAAGAAGAAGUCAAGAAUGUAGUUCCUCCAUCACAUACUCAAGGGUCAAGGGAAAAAAUGGAGCCUGUCCAGCUGUGGACCUAUGCUAUCUGCGCCACGCUCCUGAUCUCAGCCGCCCCCUUCUUCAUCCUCUUCCUGAUCCCAGUGCAGUCCAAAAGCAGCCAAAACCAGUCCCUGCUCAAACUCCUCCUGAGCUUUGCCUCGGGGGGUCUUCUCGGAGAUGCCUUUUUGCAUCUCAUUCCCCAUGCACUGGAGCCACAUUCGCACCACGUGGAGAUGGAAGAGCACGGUGACUCGCAUGGCCAUGGCCACUCUCAUAGUCACAGUCAUGGUCACAUGAUGUCUGUUGGACUCUGGGUUCUUGCUGGAAUAAUCGCCUUCCUUGUUGUUGAGAAAUUUGUGCGACACCUGAAAGGAGGUCACGGGCAUGGACAUAGCCACGCAUCCAGAGAUAGUUCAUCUGAUGAUACAAAAGAGGAAGAAGAUGUAAAAGACGAAGGGAAAGAAGGAGUCCGGCAGAGGAAGAAAGGAAAUAAUGCUGCCCAGAAAACCAAGAAGACCAAAGAAGGGUCAUCUGGAUCGGAUAUGACCGUGUCGGGAUACUUGAAUCUGGCAGCCGACUUCACUCACAACUUCACAGACGGUUUAGCCAUUGGCGCCUCCUUCCUGGUUAGCAGCAACGUCGGCAUCGUCACCACGAUCACCAUCCUCCUCCAUGAAGUUCCACACGAGAUCGGAGACUUUGCCAUCCUUGUGCAGAGCGGCUGCACCAAGAAAAAGGCGAUGAUGUUACAGCUCAGCACGGCCCUGGGGGCCCUCGCCGGCACUGCCUGUUCGCUGCUGGCCGAAGGCAUCGGGGAAGCAGCCACCCUGUGGAUCCUGCCGUUCACGGCGGGCGGUUUUAUAUACAUCGCUACCGUCUCUGUCAUCCCAGAGCUCCUUAAAGACUCGAACCCGUCCCAGUCCAUCCGGGAGACGUUCGGCCUGCUGCUAGGAGUCGCCAUGAUGGUCUUUAUUGCACAGUUUGAGUAGAGUGUUUCUGGCGUCGGCAGGGACGAUGGGACCAGGGCAACUGUGGUGGACCUUCAUUAGAAAGACAUUAAUUACUGUCAUUUAGGGGCAUGUAAGUGUCGCAUCAUGAGAAAAA